AUGGAGAACACCUCCGCCAUCCUGGGUGACUUCAUCGGCGGUGUCACGCUGACAGGCAGUCUCAUCGCUUUCGGAAAGCUGAACGGAAACCUCAGCUCCAAGGAGCUGUCCCUACCGGGCAAGAACUACUUGAACCUUUGCGGCCUCUUCCUCUUCAUCUUCUCGAUGUACGAGUUCCUCCAGUCAGGAGGAAGCCACGGCGUUCUGAUCCUUUGGGCAGUUGCCGCAUUGGCCUGCCUCAUGGGACUGCACCUGGUGGCCAGCGUGGGCGGCGGCGACAU